CGAAAAAAACUACCGCAAAAUACACUCAAACCAAAUCGGACACUUUAUAUAAAACGAAUACGUCGAACGAGGAAACAGUUCAGUGCUAAAUUAACAAAUGCUAGAAUAACAACGGAAAGACAUUCAAAAUAUAUUAAUUAUAAAAAAAACAUACAUAUAAAAAACACGAGCGAAAACGAAAACUGAAUCGUGCAACUGAGAGAGAAAGAUCGUGUAAAUUGACAAGAGGUGAUUCCCCAUCAAAAUAACAAUUCCAUACAAAUGUGUGUAAAUUAAUUAAUAAUAAUAAACAACAAAAAUAAUGUUGGUGAUGAUAAUUUAGUGCUGAAAAUGAAAACAAAUACGUCAUUUUUAUAAUUCAACAAAUCUCAUUGAGUUUAUUAAGAAUGAAAAUAAAAACAAUAACAACAUAACUACAGUAAAAAUAACAAUUAUCAUCAAAACAAAAAAUAAAAUACAAUUUGUUUUUGUAAACAACUACUACUAACUACAUUUACAAAGAAAUAUAUUUAUUUAAGUGUAAUACCGUUACAAUAAACAAUGGGUGUACGUUUCUAUGACAAGGAGAAUAUGUCUACCGGAGACGAUUAUACAACAACCACCACAAGCUGCAACUGCAAUACAUGCAACAGUCAACAAACGAGGACGACAACUACCAGUACAAGUGCAGCAACGCAAACAUGUAGUAGCUCCCCGGAUAUUGGUAAUAAUUUGAAUUUUCAAAAGUCUGGCAUCUUACGAGAAAUCAUAGGAAAUUGCAAAGAAGUGAGAAUUGAAGAAAAUACUCACAAUUUACGCAUUGUGGGUAACAAUAAUCGCAUACGGAUAUCAUUUAAUGUGGGCGACAUAACUAUCAUCGGAAACAAUACAAGACUGAAAAUAAAAAUCAAUCAUGGCCACAUCAAAUAUACCGGAAAUGAUGGCCGCAUUUGCUUAGGCAAAGAUUCAACGGAACAACUUGUUGACUACAGUGGCUGCAAUGGCGUUUUAAAAGUUCAAAAUUCUAAGAAAUCUAGUCAAGUCAAUGAUGAUGAAGAUGAAGAAAAAAAUAAAAAUAACCCAGCAGCGGGAAAUACAAGUAUUAAUGGAAAAUUUAAAAAUAGUAAAAAACCAAAAGAGAAAUAUGCUUCGUACAGCGGUUCACCGUCAGAUAGUGAAGUCUUCAAAUGUAACACGGAUUACAAUAAUAUAUUUAAUCGCAAGAAAUCAAUGCCCAACAUCACAACCAAACCUCCAUACAGUGAUAAUCUGGGAAGUAAACAUCGUGCCCAACAACAGCCACCUAAAAGUAUUGUACACAAUUUUGGUAAUAUAGUUAUAGCAAAUUCAUCGAAUGUCUGCAUAACACCCUACUCAUACACUUAUUAAAUGAUGCUAACUAAAGUAAUAAUCUAACACAUGACUACAAUGUAGUCUAAAAAUAUAUAAAAACAAAUCUAUACCAAAUGACUAUUUGAUGCUAACAUCUCGCUAUAUCUUGCCUAAUUUCUCCUUAGAAAUUUCCUCAAUGUAAUGUUCCUAUUAAUUUGUAAUUAAGAUUUUAAAAUUAUUAAGAUUUUAAACACAAAACAAAACCUGUUUAUCUAUAGUAUUAAUAUUAUUUUUUGCUAAAUAGUACAAUUGUUUCACUAAUUAUUAUUUUUAGCAUAUUAUAAACUUAUUUAUUAUUAUGAAAUGACUGACUGAAUGUUAAGUGCAUUAAUAAACAAAAUAUUUAUUGAUUUA